AUGGUUAUCAUCUUAUCCUCCAUCAUAUUACCUUCUCUCCAAAUUGUCUUCGUGACAGCUCCAACUCUUUCACGAUUACUAACAGAGGUUCCGCCAAUCUGGGGAUUGGAUGAUCAUCUUAUUAUUGUAUCAUUAUCUCUCAAUCUAUCUCUAGCUGCAUUGUGUUUAGUUGCGGUAUAUCUUGCUGAUAUGGGUCAUCAUCUCCUCUGGAUUCAACCCACCAAACUAGUCAUCGGACUCAAAAUUCUCUACGCCAUCGACCUCACAAACGUUCUCGCUCUUAGCAUCCUCAAAUUAGCCAUUCUAUACGAACGGCCAUUCAUCAUAUCCAAUCUUUCGAACCAUGCAAUAAAAGGUGCAACAUAUGUAAUUUACUUCUUUCUUAUCGUUCUCGAAGCAGUAGCAAUUUUUCAAUGUGUACCAAUCUCCGAUAAGUUCAAAACAGGGUCGAGGAAAUCACAUCGUUGUAUCUACAAUACGGCUGUACUGACUUGGGCAACCGUACCCAGUAUCAUGACUGUUAUUGUAAUUUCUCUGAUUCCGGUUCCGGUGGUUUGGAAACUCAACGUUCGCUCGAGAGUUAAAGUUGAGUUAGCGGUAGAGUCUAUCAUCGGUGGAUUUGGUAUGAUAGUCUGUGCAGUCCGCUUUUCGGUAUUUUUACGGAUACAGCACAUGCCAGGUCUUACAUAUCUAGGAGGAGAAUCAUUACUCUAG